GCUAACAAAAUGAAAAGGCCAGUUCAAUUCGAAGCCCUAAUUAAAUAAACUAAACUUCGUCGUUUUCACAAAUCUACAAAUUGGAGCUAAACGGAGGUUUUAUUAUUGUUGCUGAUUUCGAGUUUUGAGAGCUUUAGAAAGUGAUGGACAAGCUUAAACUAGCUCAAUUAGGGGAAAGAAUUAAGACUGGUGGGGCUCAAAUGGGACGAAUUGUUAGUGGAAAAGUGAAGGAAAUUUUACAAACCCCGACACCGGAAUCAAAGAUGGUUGAUGAGGCCACGUUAGAAACUUUGGAAGAGCCUAACUGGGGCAUGAAUAUGAGGAUAUGCGCGAUGAUCAACAGUGAGGAGUUUAGUGGGUCAGAGAUUGUUAGGACAAUAAAGAGAAAGAUAUCGGGUAAGAGUGUUGUGAGCCUGAGAUUGAGUCUUGAUUUGUUGGAGGCAUGUACUAUGAACUGUGAAAAGGUUUUCUCUGAGGUCGCGUCUGAGAAGGUGUUGGAUGAGAUGGUUAGGAUGAUACAGAAUCCAGAGACGGAUCAGGGGAAUAGAAAUCGAGCUUUGCAGUUGAUUAGGGCUUGGGGAGAGUCCGAGGAUGUGGCAUAUCUUCCAGUGUUUCGCCAGACUUAUAUGAGCUUGAAAGAAAGAAGUGUGCCUCCACCAGUAGAAGAUGGGAAUAUGCCGCCCAUGCAGUACUCCUUGGAGUCAUAUGUUCAUCAAGAGCCACUGUCUCCUGAAAGCUAUCCUGUUCCUGACACUGGAUUGCAGAGUGGAGAUCAUGGUGGUUUGACCUAUAAUUUUGGGAGCCUCUCAGUUGAUGAGAAGAAGGAAUUUCUUGUUAUAACUCAGAAUAGCCUUGAUCUGCUCUCCAGUUUGUUGAAUAGUGAAACGGAGCCAAAACCCAUUAAGGAUGACCUGACUGUGAGCAUGCUUGAGAAGUGCAAGGAGUCUCAGCCUGGCAUUCAGAGGAUUAUAGAAAGCACUACUGACGAUGAAGGUAUGCUCUUUGAGGCGCUUAAUCUUCAUGAUCAGCUGCUACAAACCAUUUCCAGAUAUGAGGAACUAGAAGCUGCUCUCAAAUCUGGAGAACAACCUGAAAGCUCUGUUCUCACUGACAUCAAAUUGCCUCCUCAUGUCGGAGCUCAAAAUGAGACCAAGGCAGCGGUGAAUGAACACGAGAGCAAGGCAGCAGUGAAUGAACACGAGAGCAAGGCAGCAGUGAAUGAACACGAGACCAGAGCAGCGGUUUAUGAAAACGAGUCCAAGGCAGCGUUGAAUGAAAACGAGACCAGAGCUGCUGUGAAUGAAAACAAGACCAAGGCAGUAGUGAAUGAAAACGAGACCAGAGCGGCAGUGAAUGAAAACAAGACCAGAGCGGCAGUGAAUGAAAACAAGACCAAGGCAGCGGAGUCCUCAAAAGGGGAGAGUACCGAAUCCAGCACAGUUAAGAGAGGUGUUGAAUAACAAAGCGGGUGAUAAGAGGGAUGCUUUGGUGUAAGCUUUACAGUGUACUUGUUUGAUUAACUCUGGUUGCCUUGUAAUGACAUAACUAAUCAUUAGUUAUGAGAUUGUUUUAGUUAAUAGAAUUUCAUGUAAUUAAGAUUACGGUGUCUAUGUAUCCUCCUCUUAAACGACUUUUAGUUUAUCAAUUACUGGAUAUUAUUA